AUGGAAGUCAAACGAGUCUCAGUUCCCUAUUUUUCUUCAGCACCCAGCACAGUUGACGGCACAAAUAAAAUGGCGGCACCAAUCCAACACUAGCCUCCCUUACUAGUGUAAACCCACCGAACCUAAGGAUUAGCUCUCUAGGUUAGAGCCACCUCUUGCGGAGUCCCGAUAAGCAAAGAUUAAUAGGAGGCAAAACCUGUGGCAGGAAUAGGGAAAUCUUCGGGAAGAAACAAAGCAUCCCUCUUCGGUAAGCAUCCCCCAAACUUAAAAAGUGACAGAGGCACUAUUUUCAACCUUAUCAGCACGGGCCUUACCUACUCCAUAGUGAUUGUGUAUCGAAGUCCAUCUUCUGUUGACGUCAACAUACUAUUUCUUUGUCUUACAGUUAGGCUUAAGACCUUUUUUCUUCUCGAUAUGCAUUUGGGAAAUAAGGGUUUUUGGCCCUGGAGGCUUCUAAUGCUGGUACAAAGGCAUAGCUGGUUUCGAUGCUAGCAAGAUAGUUUAUCCCUAGCUGAAACUCAGCCACUUACAUAAAAUCGUUAGGUUUCUAAACUGUGCACUCGAGCGUUCCAAGACAGAACCAAGAGCCAGGCCGAAAGCUGAUGCAAAGCUAUUUCUGGCAGAAUUCGAAUCUUGCCAGAAACUGAAUAAGCCUUCUUGGAAGAUUGUCUUGAUUGAGAUUUAAACAAGAAAGCCUACUUAAUCUUACCCAGCACAAUUGAUAGCAUAGACGAGGACGCUCAAUCCAAGCCAAGAAGGAAAGCGUUUAACAACAAAAUUUCCAAAAGUUCAAGCUACGUUUGGGCAUCUUCCAUUCCGCAAAGAUGAAAAGAUUUAAAAGGAAACUCCUACUUCCUCCACAUUUCACAAACUUCACGGCCUAAAGAUACUUUGGAAUUUUUGAGAGAAUCACAAAAAUACAUUGACGAAAUUAGGGGCACAGCAAAAAAAGAAAUUGAGUUGGAAGACACUCAUAAGUCACAUAAAUCAUUAGCAUCAAGACAAUCUUUUAUGAAAAAGACUAAUUUUACAAGCCCUAGUCAUGAAAUUAGAAGCGUAUAUAGAAAUACUCUUAGUCCGUCAAUUAGAUCUGAUGAUGAACUCUAUAUGAGUGCAAAACCAUUUGAAUGGAAUACUCCAAAGAAUGUAUUUGCUCAGAAAACUGCUAAUGAGCACUCUCCAGAGAGCUUAGUAUGAAGAAAGAGCAAAGUAGAUUUCAAAGCGAAAAGGAAAAAUAAAUUAAUUAAGCGCAAAAAUUACAGCCCGGACUUAUCAGAGAUAGAGUUUCAGCUUAAUCAGUCACCGUUUGCAAUAACGCCUAUUUUUUAUGAGACGAAUUUAUUGAAUUUAGCAACUCCGCAUAGGUUAAUUCCAAGUGGGAUCGCAACACCAAGAUAUGCCAAUAACACACCUACCUUUCUGGACCUAAAUUUAGCACAAUAUUUGAAUCGAUUCGAAGGAAGCAAUAAAAAUGCUCAUCCAACUCCACUUAUAAAUAAAAAUUUCCCGGGAAGAAAGCUCAUAAGAAACAAAUUUUCAUUAAACCAAAAGAUACUUCAAAAAUUAUAA